UUGAUGCCUUUGGGUAGUCAUAAACAAAAAGCGAAAAUUUUACGUGUGUACGUGUUUGUCUGCCCUCACAAAAAGUACCAUGGCGAUGGUAGCAUAGGGAUAGUAUCAGAUGGUACGCAGUGUGACUUUGCUACGUGACACUGAAUGAUUCAUAUGUUCAUAUACAACGGACGUCAACAUUUUUAAACAGCGACGUGCUAAAUGUCCAAAAACAUGUUAGUGCUGCAGUACUUCUGUUUUUUUUAAGACAUGAGGGCUAUUUUGUAACACGUCGUGGACAUCGAGAUAAAAGUUUCUAUGGAAGAAACCAAGACAUACCUGCUUUCUGAAUUCUGUGAAGAUGGAGGACAGUGAAUCCCAGCUGCUCUCCGAUGAGGAGCAGACUCCGGAGCCUCUCCUCAGCUCUCUGGAUAUCUUCCUUUUCUCUCUAAUCGCAGGACUUCUUAUCUACUGGUUCUUCUUCCGAAAAAAAACAGAGCCUCUUCCAGAGAUCAAGCCAUUUACUUCAGUAACACCACAAAUACGUGAGACCAGCUUUAUUGAGAAAAUGAAGAAAACGAACCGCAACAUUGUAGUGUUUUAUGGAUCCCAAACAGGGACUGCUGAGGAAUUUGCUAACAGGAUGGCAAAAGAUGCCCAACGCUACGGCAUGAAAGGCAUGGCUGCUGACCCAGAGGAGUAUGACAUGUCUGAGCUGUCUAGACUGAAAGAGAUUCCUGAUUCCAUGGCUGUGUUCUGCAUGGCAACCUAUGGAGAAGGAGACCCCACAGACAACGCUCAGGAGUUCUACGAUUGGAUGCAAGGGACUGAUGACGAUCUAGAGGGGGUCAACUUUGCUGUGUUUGCUUUAGGAAAUAAAACAUAUGAGCACUUUAAUGCCACAGGCAAGUAUACAGACAAGAGGCUUGCUGAACUUGGGGGAAAAAGGGUCUUUGACCUGGGCCUCGGGGAUGAUGACAGCAACUUGGAGGAGGAUUUUAUCUCUUGGAAGGAACAGUUCUGGCCUGCUGUAUGUGAGUUUUUUGGCGUGGAGGCCACGGGAGAAGACAGCAGCAUUCGGCAGUUUGAACUGGUGGUUCAUAAUGACAUUAAUAUGAAUCAAGUUUACACCGGAGAGAUGGGGCGGCUCAAAAGCUUUCAGACACAGAAACCACCGUUUGAUUCAAAGAAUCCUUUCCUUGCGACUGUGACUGUUAAUCGUAAACUGAACAAAGGAGGAAAUCGGCACCUGAUGCACAUCGAGUUAGAUAUCACAGACUCUAAAAUCAGGUAUGAUUCUGGAGACCAUGUUGCCGUUUACCCCACAAAUGAUGCAGCGGUGGUCAACAGAAUAGGAGAGAGACUUGGAGUAGAUCUUGAUACUAUAAUCUCUCUCAAAAAUCUCGAUGAGGAAUCCAAUAAAAAGCACCCAUUCCCCUGUCCAACCACAUACCGCACGGCACUGACCCAUUACCUUGACAUCAACAACAUGCCUCGCACAAACGUGCUGUAUGAGCUAGCGCAGUAUGCCUCUGAUCCACAAGAACAAGAAAACAUGCGCAAGAUGGCAUCGGCUUCACCUGAAGGAAAGGCUUUGUAUCAGAAUUGGGUUUUGGGUUCUGAGAGGAACAUACUAGCUAUUCUAGAGGAUCUACCUUCCUUGAAUCCUCCUAUAGACCACCUGUGUGAGCUCCUACCUCGACUUCAGGCUCGAUACUAUUCCAUUGCCUCUUCCAGCAAGGUCCAUCCAAACUCUGUCCACAUCUGUGCUGUGGUGAUAGAGUACAUGACCAAGACAGAAAGGGUCUUCAAAGGUGUGGCCACCAACUGGCUUAAGAACAAAGACGUGACCGAUAACGGCCAUAAUCACACCAUUCCCAUGUAUGUUAGGAGAUCUCAAUUCCGCCUGCCAUUCAAACCCAGUAACCCUAUAAUCAUGAUCGGGCCUGGUACUGGAAUCGCCCCAUUCAUGGGCUUCAUCCAGGAGAGAGCAUGGCAGAAGGAACAAGGGAAGGAAGUUGGUGAGACGAUACUUUACUUUGGUUGUCGCCAUAAGAACGAGGACUUCCUGUACCAGCAGGAAUUAGAGGAGUUUGAGAGGGCAGGAGUGCUGACACAGCUUAAUGUUGCCUUUUCCAGAGACCAGGAGCACAAGAUCUAUGUGCAACAUCUUCUGAAGACAAACAAGGAGCAGUUGUGGAAGCUCAUUCAUUCAAAUAAUGCCCAUAUCUACGUUUGUGGAGAUGCACGUAACAUGGCUCGGGACGUGCACACGGCCUUCUAUGAGAUUGCAGAGGAGGUGGGCGGCCUGACGCACUCUCAGGCUGUGGACUAUUUCAAGAAGCUGAUGACCAAGGGCCGUUACUCGCAGGACGUUUGGAGCUAAGCUAACCGAUAAGCCAAUGUUUGCCACUUUACCUCAAGCCAUCAUUUCUCCAAAACAUUGAAUUUGCCUGGACUCAUUGGUUAUAUAAUAUAAUUUUGAUGAAAUCCAGCAACACAAAAAGCAUGGUUUAACACUCUCCCUUCAGAUGAGUAUAGGAUAUUCAACCUGCUGCAACAGGAAACUGAUUUGACUGCAUUUGUACCCUAAAUGGCAUUGGAUGUUCAUGUAUACACAAAUGUAGGUCAAGUAUGCAAUAUGCUUAUUUUUUGAGUGAGGCCUUAUAAAAAGAUAAAUGUUGUUGUAGUGUUUGUUUUAUCUCCAUGUGAAAAGACUGCAAGUAUCACUUUUUGACGUACUGUAAAACUUUAGAUUAUUUUUUUUUUGAUUAUGUGUAUCAAGACAUCAUACAAUGUGUUACAGAAAAUCAACAUUUUAGGUCAGUCAUGUUUUUUGAUCAUGUGAUGUUUGUUCCUUUUUUAUUUCGUGUCGUUUCAAGAUGUUCUACCACUAUUUUUUAUGCAUUAUUUCACACUAAUGUCAAGUAGCAGUGAAUGAGCAAUUAUGCAAUCAACGCGACUCCAAUCUUUGGGUGAAGUGUUACAUCCUGCUAGUUUUUUUUAAAGGUUCACAGGAAUAGAAUAAAUAUAUAUUUUCCCUAACAUUUUAAAAGGUGCAUUUAUAAAAAGAAAAGUUCUUCUGUUAUUUUCUUAUGCUUUUCUUGACUGGUACGCGUUUUCCACUGAUUUCUACUCAUGAUUAUAGAAUUGAUUCUUCAAUUUAUCCCCCUAGUGAGCCAAAGCUGCAACUGCAUUGCCCAGAAUUAGGGUUUUAAAAUGAAACGAGCUUGCAUUUGUUAAAUUUUAAAACUUAUCGCAUUAAUACUGCUUGGAAAGAGAAGCGUCAUUGUGAUGUCAGAUGUUUGUGCAAAAUUGUGAUCUGUCAUGCAAUGUUUCACAAUUAAAGAAUGUGCACAAACACUGUCUGUCCUCAAAA